AUGACCCGUCCCGUCGAAGACCAUGAGCCCACCGAGCGCGAUCGCUUGCUCCCCGCCCAGCCCGUCAACCCUCCUCACCCGGAUGGCUACCUCGACCCCGAUGACCCGGCCGUGUCGCCGUACAACCUCUGGACGGUGCGCUUCCUCCGCACCCUGACCCUCUUCCUCCUCUCCGUCACCUUCAUCUGGUGGGUCCUGCUCCUGGUCAGCAUCUUCGUGUCGCCGCCCGGCCUGCACACCCGCGGCUCCGGCUUCUUCGACUUCGCCUACACCUCGCUCUCCCUCGGCCUCCUCCUCGUCCAGCUGCUCUUCUUCUCGAACCCGAGCCUGGCCAUGCGCGUCGGCCAGGGCGUCAUCGCCGCCGUCCUGCUCGUGGACCUGAUCAUCAUCGUCUCCGUCCAGCAGAUCCGCCACGAGGAGGGCCCCCCGGGCGUCGCCAGCGUCGUCUGGGCCGUGCUCGUCGCCGCCUGGUGCGUCCUGACCGACCGCGUCGUGGCCUGGGGCAAGCGCGAGGAGGAGGAGCGCCUCACCGGCCGCGCCGAGACCAAGCGCACGCUCAAGGAGUGGCUCGGCGUGCUGACCGCCACCGUCAUCCUGGUCGUGUACGCCCUGAUCGCCGUCUGCCUGACCGCCACCCUCGUCAUCCGCUCCCGCGACGCCACCCUCGAGCUGGACGGCGACCGCAUCGCCGUCGACGGCGGCAAGUACCAGGUCCACCUCAACUGCGUCGGCAACGUCACCGCCGACAAGCACGGCCACCGGCUCCCGACCGUCCUCCUCGAGUCCGCCGAGGAGCCCACCGAGUACGACUUCGACCACUGGGUCUACCACGCCCUCCAGGACGGGGCCAUCUCCCGCUACUGCUACUGGGACCGCCCCGGCUACGGCUUCUCCGACAACGCCCCGUCCCCCCACAGCGCCGGCAUGUGCGCCGACAACCUCGCCGAGGCGCUCGCCACGCGGGGCGAGCAGGGCCCGUGGGUGCUCGUCUCCGCCGGCUACGGCAGCAUCGUCUCCCGCAUCUUCUCCGCCCGCAACUUCCGCAACGUCGCCGGCAUCAUGCUGAUCGACCCGCUCCACGAGGACCUGCUCGCCCGCGACGUCGGCGACCCCUACCGCGGCUUCGUCCUCUGGGGCUGGGGCAUCCUGUCGCCGCUGGGCAUCCCGCGCAUCAUCGGCAGCAUCUUCCAGGGCCAGACGCGCGAGGACCGCGUCUACGGGCCGGCCGUCGCCCAGGGCGGCAAGUUCCUCAAGGCCCAGCUGCAGGAGAACCUGGUGGCGGCGAGCUUCUCGCGCAACGAGAUCGCCUCGGCCCGCACCAUCCAGGCCGCCGACACCCCGCUCGUCGUCGUCUCCUCGGGCCUCCGCGUCCGCGCGGACCCGGCGUGGAAGGCCCGCCAGGAGGACCUCACCAACAUCACCGGCUCGCUCCUCAGCUGGGACGUCGUCGACAAGGCGCCCCACUACGUCUGGCAGAAGAAGGAGGGCGCCGAGCUCCUCGCCAAGCGCCUGAAGCAGCUGGUCAAGGCCGGCGCGAAGCAGUUCUACGGAGUGUAG